AUGGAGGUAAAUUUCAACAACACCAUUGAAGAUCGAAGUUCAAGUGUUGUAAAAUCCUUAAAGUUAACAGAAGGUAAUUCUGCAUCUGCUUACUCCCCGAACACUUAUAAGCAGCCACAAGGAACUAUUGCAACAAGCAUCUCGAGUACUUCAAUCGUAGAACCAUCAAUAGUAGAUCUGGACACAGUUUUAACGAGCUCCAGUAUUGAAACCAUCAAGGCUUUGGCUGAAUCAACGUUUGUUUCCUCAUUAGGACCUUUAAGCAACGAACACUCAUUUUCUCCAUUAUCAAGUUUGUAUGCCCAAACAUGGGAAUCUCCUGUACAUAAAACAUCGAUUGCUCCUAUAUCUACCAGCUUUGCCACAUACACGUCCAAUGAAAGAGCUAGCAUAAGCGAACAGACAAGCAGCAGGGAACGCCCUUCUCUAAGUUCUAAAACCUUGAGCUUCGAACUUGACCCCUAUCAAAAUACCAAAUUCUCCGAAACACAGCUUCAUGAAUUAAGUACAGAACCAGAUAGUAUUUCUACACAUUCUAUCAGUACAUUAAUGUCUAGCUUUCAAUUUAUAUCGUCUCAAACAAUGCAAAGCUUUCCACCUUCAGCAAAAUCUGAAACUUUCCAGGAUUCUAACGUCAUCUCCGUGACUACAGAAGUACAAUAUGAUAAUGCUAAAGAAAGCUCUAGUCAUAGAACAAUAAUGGUUGACUCGAUAAAUACAACAAGCCUACUUCCAUCAUCGAAUUCCUUUAUCAAAGAGGAAUUAAAACUAUCGACAAGUGCCUCUCCCAUUGCUACCAGGUAUAAUUUGUUAACUUCAUCUCGUAAGAAAGAAAUGACAAGAAACACAUCAGUAGACUCGUUUGUACAUACCACCUCAAUGACCAAAAUCGUUGAUUAUUCAAUGUAUACCCCGCAAUUAUUUGGACAAAAACAGGGUUCUUCUGAAUAUUCAUACCAAAACUUUUCCCCCUCAGCUUCCAAGAUGCCAACCUUAAGGUCUUCGAUCAGAACUUUGCCAGCACUUAAACUCAAUGCUACAACUUCAAUCACACGGGGAUACAUAGAGAAUUUGAAACCCUCCUCAUCUAGUAAAUCCGAAUCGUCCAGUUUCCACUCAAAGAUAUCAAAUGUGGAAAAUUCCUUAAUAAAGUCUUCAACAUCUACAAAUGAAGAACUUUUGUUGACUGCAAUACUAUAUUCCGUAUACCCCAGUUCUAAUAUAUACUUCUAUGUAUACACACAAAUGUAUGACUUUACUGAUUCCUCUACAACAUUUAUUACGGGUUUGCCAACAACGGUUUCUUUACAAGGAUCCCCUACCACGUUGUUAACUAUACCUACUUCUACAAUUACAAAAGGUACUGCAUUUUAUAAAGAAUGGUUGAAUGGGAACCUAGAUAGCCAACAAUUAACAUCUAAUUCUCAUGACCAGACAAGAACAAAUAAAAAGGGUGCUAUAAUUGGAGGCGUAGUUAGUGGUAUAUGUGUAGCUUCCCUUUGUGCCGCAAUUAUAUGGGUAUUCAUUAUUAGAGUAAGGAGAAGAAGAAGCAGGAAAAAUGGUGUGUUGUUCCAACAGGACCAGAAUAGAAGAUAUAGCAAUUAUUGCGGUAAUAUAGUACAAGUCGACACUAAUAAAAAGUCUCGCUGGCUAAAUAGUAAAAAGUACAACAACAGCAAUACUUGGACAGAUACGGGAUCAGUUAAGGUAAACUCUUCAAAAAGAGUACAGCCACCACCUGUCCCGCCACCGAGAAAAACUACUAUAAAUCGUAUACCAUCAACAUUUACACUGGCAAAUAGUUUGCUACCUUCUGAUAUUCGUCUUUCAUAUACAUCUUCGACGACUGGUUCAUCGAUUGAUUUAUCACAACUCGGCAGUUAUUCUUCGAUGUCCACUACACCGAUACGAGUAGUUCCAGAAUUGCACGACAAUACUACUGGGACUCAUUCUUCCAACAAGCAAGGAUUCUUAAGGGAAAUUAUAUAG